AUGAGAAAGUGUCACUUCAUUAAUGGCAACAACCAAGCAAGGUUCGUAGAGAAGCUCAUCUAUAACCAGUACACAAUCUUCAACAAUGUCGAGCUGUUUGUGGGGGAUGCCCCAUAUGGGGAAAAGAUUGCCAGGUACUGGAGCCCUUACUCGGAAUACAUGGAUGUGGACUGCAGAGUGCCCCCCAGUGUGUCCAUCUCACUGGUGCCCUCGAGCUCCCAGCCUGGCCCCAGCCAGCUGCUCUGCUCCGUGAUGGAUUUCUACCCUGCCCAGGGGCAGCUGAGGUGGUUCCAGGGCCAGCAGGAGCUGUCAAGGCAUGUGGUGGCCACCAAUGUUGUCCCUGAUGGGGACUGGACCCACCAGCUCCUGGUGCUGCUGGAAACCACUCCCGACUGUUCAUUCUUCAACCUUGAACAGGUGGAGGAGAAGGCUGUGAGGAAGAGGAAGAUGCCCCRGGAGACCCAGGCAGGAAUUCAACAAGGAGGAAAAGCCACAGAGAUCCCACACGAGGAGGGGCUGCAAACCCAGUCCAGGGAGAUCUGA